ACUACAGUAAGUACUGCUAUUUGGGUUGUUCCGAAAACGAAAGUAUAGCCUGCAAUCCUAGGUAGCCCAAACAUUUCUUUAGUUUCCACGAAGUAGUCUACUAUGACUUUGGUGUUAAGUUUCAAAGAAAGUGAGGUAUGAAACCAGCUUAACCUCGGCUUUCAGAAACCAGAGGCGAGUCUUUUAUGAUGAUGCCAUUUAUUUUUGGGUUCGUUUUACAGCUCGGCCAGGUGUUUUUUCAUACUGUAGGUGUUUCAUCCUUAUGAGGCCUAACGAGACAGACUAAACAAGAAACAAGACUUGGAAUGCAAUGGAAAGAGUACCUGGGCCUCCCCUGACCCAGGGCCAGUCCAGGUGUGGCGUGUGUGAGCAGCUCCUGGUGGACCCCCUGUCCAUCAGCGCCUGUGGCCACAGCUUCUGCAGGCCCUGCCUCAGCAGCUACUGGGCCAGGUCAGGAGGCUCCUCCUGCCCCCGCUGUGCAGAUCAAUACAGGGCCCAGUUGCAGAUGCCAUAUGCAGACGAUGGACAGGGACCCAGUGGUCCAGGCCUUAGAAGUGCUCCUGUCAUGAGCUCGAAUGCUACAGCCUCAGAUGGAGGCAGCAUUUACAGCCCCACCUUUGCUGGCUGUCAAAUCUAUGGGCCAGUUACACUCAACAAUGAAACACAACCCACCAGUGCUGGAAGAAGGUUGUCUGAGAAGGAGAAAGAGGAAGCUCUUUUACAGGAAGUCUGCAUCGACCACAAAGCCAGGAUGAAGAAACGGUUUGAGUGUAUAUUUGAAGGCAUCGAGACCAAAGCUAACAAGAAGCUGCUCAGCAAGAUCUACACAGAUCUCUACAUCACAGAGGUAGACAGCGAAGGCAUGAAUGAUGAACAUGAGGUCUGGCAACUUGAAACUGCAUUCAAGAAGCAGUCGGCCCAGGAUACGCCAAUCAACUGCAACGACAUCUUCAAACCUUUGUCGGGAGAAGAAGGCAACAUUCGAGUCGUGCUGACAAAAGGUGUGGCCGGGAUUGGCAAAACGGUCUCCGUCCAGAAGUUUGUUCUCGAUUGGGCAGAGGGGAACGCCAAUCGGAACAUCCGCUUCAUGUUUGUGUUCCCUUUCCGAGUGCUGAAUUCCAUCAAAGAGAAGCACAGUCUACAGACACUUCUGCUUGGAUUUCACCCAGAGCUUAAGAGCCUGGGUGACACUAACGAGUACUACGACAAUUGCCGAACCGUAUUGAUCUUCGACGGCCUGGACGAAAGCCGCCUGCCUCUGAACUUCCAAGGCAACGAAGCUUUUUUCGACGUAAGCAAAGUGUCGUCCGUGGACGAGCUGAUCACAAAUCUCGUUCAAGGCAAUCUGCUUCCCUCGGCCCUGCUGUGGGUUACAUCUCGGCCGGCGGCGACCUGUCUGAUCCCGACCAAGUACGUCGACCAGAUGACCGAAGUUCGCGGUUUCAACGAGGACCAGAAGAAGGAGUAUUUCCAGAAGAGAUGCGAGGAUGCCACUCAUGCCGAGCUCAUCGUCGCUCACAUCGAGACGUCUCAAAGCCUCCAGGUCAUGUGUCACAUUCCCGUCUUCUGCUGGAUCACCACUACCGUCGUCCAGCAGAUCCUGAGGAGGACGAAGGAGGACAAGGCGGAGAUCCCCAAGACACUGACACAGAUGUACGCCCACUUCCUCCUCAUCCAGAUGAGCAUCAAGGAUCAGAAGUACCACGGUGGACAUGGGGUGACGGACAAGGAGGGGCUCCUUUCAUCGCACGGCGAAGCAGUCCUGAAGCUGGCGAAGCUGGCCUUCAAACAAACAUUGGCGGGGAACGUCAUGUUCUACGAAGACGACCUGUUGGAGUGCGGCAUCGACGUCAACGAAGCGUCGGUGUACUCGGGGAUGUGCACCGAGCUCUUCCGAGAGGAGUCGGUGUUCUACCAGCAGAAGGUCUACUGCUUCGUGCACCUGAGCAUCCAGGAAUUCCUCGCCGCCUUCCACGCCUUCGCCUCCCACGCCAGCGGGAACUUCGAGGAGCUCAAGCCCCUCCUGCGGGACCGUGCCUCUAAAGGUCGACCUCGAACGGGCGACGAAUUGUCCCUCGAGCGGUUCCUCAAAGACUCCCUGUACACAGCUUUGAACAGCAGAAACGGCCACCUGGACCUGUUCCUGAGGUUCCUGCUGGGCGUCACCCUCGAGUCCAACCAACGGCUCCUCCGGGGGCUCCUGCCGCGUCUGCAGUCGAGCGCCGAGACCGUCGGCCGCAUGAUCGAGUACAUCAAGGCCUACAAGGGCAAGGGCCUCUCCCCCGAGAGGUGCAUCAACCUCUUCCACUGCUUGGUGGAGAUGAACGACAGCUCCAUGCACAGGGAGAUCCAGGAGUACCUGCUGCUAGAGGGCUCCAGGAGGGCCCUCUCGUCCUCCUUCUGCUCCUGCCUGGCUCACGUGCUGCUCAUGUCCGGGGAGGUGCUGGACGAGUUCGACCCGAGGAAGUACAACGCGUCGUCGGAUGAAGGGAGGAGGCGGCUGGUUCCCGUGGUGAAGUGCUGCAGAAGGGCUCUUUUCUCUGCAUGUAACCUCAAUGAGACGUCAUGUGAGACUGUGGCUUGUGCUCUGCAGUCUGCAGACUGCCACCUAGUGGAGAUUGACCUGAAUCGCAACGACCUGCAGGACGCCGGAGCAGAGAGGCUCUUCACAGCCAUGUUGAGUCCUUACUGUAAACUGGAGAUACUGAGACUGUCGGAAUGUCAAGUGACCGAGAGGUCCGGGGUGAGUCUGUGUAACACUCUCCAGUCUCCUCACUGUCGGCUCCGCCUGCUGGACCUGAGCGGCAACCAGCUGAAGGACUCGGGAGCGGCGCUGAUCUGGAAAGGGUUAAAGAACCCUCACUGCACACUGGAGAGGCUGAGGCUGGAGUGCUGUGGCCUGACGGCGGCGUGCUGCAGGGGCCUGGCCUCCGUGCUCCAGCGGCCCGACUCCGCUCUGAGGGAGCUCGACCUCACGGACAACGACCUGGGCGACGCGGGGGUCAAGCUUCUGUCCACCGGACUGGGGAGUUCCCCCUGCCAACUCCAGACGCUCAAGCUAGUCGGCUGCCUUAUCUCUGAGGAUGGCUGUCUCUCCCUGGCCUCGGCCCUGAAGUCCAACCCCUCUCACCUGCAGGAGCUGGAUCUGAGCUACAACCACCCUGGAGACAGGGGAGCUGAGCUGCUCACCGCCACGCCGAUUGAUCCUGGCUCCCCGCCCCGGGUGCUCAAUGUGGACCAUGCUGCAGCAUGCCGGUUGACCUCUGGACUGCAGAAAUAUGCCUGCCACCUGACCUUCGACCCGAAUACGGCCCACAGGAAACUGUGCCUCUCGGAAGACCACAGGAGCGUGGCGUGUAACAUGCGGGAGCAGGAUUACCCGGACCACCCGGACCGCUUGAGCACCUGGCAGGUGCUGUGCCGAGAGCCGCAGUCCGGACGCUCCUACUGGGAGAUCGAGUGGAGCGGCUGGUAUGGCGUCGUCAUCGGAGCGGCGUACAAAGUCGUUGCGGGCGACACCGACUCGCCGCCAGGCGACCCCAACAUCGGCUACAACGACUGGUCGUGGAGCCUGGCCUGCUACGAUAACCGGUACGUGGCCCGGCACGACAAGCGGCGGAUGGCGAUCCCGGCGCCUGUGUUCGGCGCACAUCGAAUCGCGGUGUACCUCGACUGGCCCGCAGGCAUGCUGUGUUUCUUCAACGUCUCUGGAGAUGCGUUGACUCACGUGCACACGUUCUAUUCACGAUUCUCCAAGCCGCUCUACCCCGCAAUGAGGUUUAUCUUUGCAGGAUCAUCUGCUUCCAUUUUGUAACUUUUUUACUACUUCUGUAGGGACCGUGUCUUCUAUUUUGUAGCUUUUGGUACUACUUUUUGAGCUUGUCAUUACAUGUAUUCAUUUUAUUUGUGAGGGACCAUGUACGAUUUUUAAACAUGUUGGUAUUUCAAUCAUUGGACCAGAGUGAGUAAUGACAAUGUCACUCUUAUUUAUCGAUAAAUGAUGCCUGCUGUGUAAUGAAAGGAGACCCCAAUGCAUGUACUGUGGUGUUGGUACACUGAUACACUGAUGGAUGCCUCUCAUUCGUGUUUUAUACAUCCUCCCUUCCUUCCUCGGUCCUUGUCCUCACUGAUCUAGAUGGAGAAUGAUGGGGCGGCAACAAUGGGAUAGUCUAUCCAGUGAUAGUUAUAGAUCAGUGGGAACAAGCCUAGAAGACCAACCAUUGAGGAGAGAGGUUGAGACUGAGGCACCCUGUGUGUAAUUAUUAUUGAUAUGAGCGUUCACACCAGGGGUGGAAAUUAAAAUUUGAAAAUGUGAAAAUCUAUCAGCCAAUAGCAGAUUUCUGGUCAAAUUAACCAGCCACUCAAUGUUAAAAUAUGACUUUGUGUCUGAAAUCUACCAGCCACCCUCACAUUUUACCAGCAUUUGGCUGGUGGCUGGUGCUAAUUUCCAUCCCUGGUUCACACUGACCAAGGAUAAGGAAAGUUUAUCCUCGUCGAUAAAAUGUAUUAUGUAUUAUGUUAUGUCUUGUGAUGGGCUGUGAUCUACUGUAUGUAUCAUUGUAAAAAUGUCUCUGGAAGCUAACCCUGACAAUAACGUUCUUCAUGUCGUCGUCGUUAUAGUUUAUAUAGACUAGAGCAAUACCUUUUUGCCUUAUCGUUCUUGAUGUGACUGGCAUUUUAGACCUGAGGUCUAAACCUUUAGCCCGUUAGACUUUAGGUUUGCACUUUGCCUGGCGUUUAAAUUCGGAUGUCUUCAUCUACCUGUGCUCCAUAGUUGUCUUUAAUUGAUCAUAAACAACUAUAGCAAAACUAUUCUUCUGCUGUUAGUUUAGAUUGAUCUAUCCCUUAAUUCUGCUGCUAAAGAGAAAUUACCAAGAACCUUGAAUCAUUGGGACAUUUUGUGAUAUGUGAUAGAUAGUGUGCAUAAGUGAAUGUUUUCUUCUGGACGACUUGAAACGUUGAAGAAAAAAAACCUUUUAUUAUUAUUUUUGCAGUGUAAAUAAGAUUUACAGAUUUAUUCAGAUGUACUGUAUAGUUGAGCACUCGACAUUUAUGCUAUAUCGAGUGGCAAAUAAUAUAUAAGAAUGGAGUCAUACAUUGUUUCAUAUGUUGAUGUAAAGAUGAUUAUUCUCUUGUAUUAUAAACAGCAACAAAUACAUUUUGACAAUUUUUUGCUUGUGUUAUGAAUAAGUGUAAAGAGGGGCUGCUGUCCUUAGACAUGGAACACAGUGUGAUUUAUUCAAACUUGAGGCGUGAUUCUUAUAUGUAUAACAAGGUGUCCAAGCAGCACUUAUGACUUAUCAAUAAGUUGUUCAAUCAGGACUUGCACACAAAUCUCAAACGAGGUAUUCAAGCAAUUAUUAAAGAGACAUGGUU